CCCAAACAGGAAGUGUUACAGUCAAGACAAGUGACAACGUGAAAGUCAAGUCAAAGCAAAGCGUGAAACACCGUAAAGAAAGCAUUAAAUGUGUUGUUUUCUGUUCCUUCGGGUCGUCGCAACAUGUUUGGCUUUUAGUAGUUUCUAUGUCUCUAGGUGCAGCGUUUGUUACGAUGUUUCAGGCUGCAGCUAAAACGCUUUCAACUACUGCAGCAGUUUCUCGGGGAAUAUUGUUAAGCAUCCGACAUUAUUGUAAGAAGACACCAACGACACUAAGAGUAUCAGAAGCAGUUGCAGGUGCUGAAUUGGGAGCAAAUGUCAAAGUACAGGGAUGGGUUCGCUCUGUUAGACCUCAGAGAGCAAAUCUCUUUCUCCAUGUGAAUGAUGGGAGCUCUUUGCAGUCAUUGCAGAUCGUCGCCAGUUCGGAGCUGAAUGAUCCGUUGCUCACAUUUGGGAGUGCUGUUGAAGUCACAGGUAUUCUUAAGAAAAGUCCAUCCCAGAAACAGCCAGUUGAACUGGAAGCAGACCACAUCCAUGUAGUUGGAGAAUGUAACACUGUGGAUUUUCCCUUUAAAAUCAAAAACAGACACGGCCUGGAGUAUAUUCGCCAGUUUCCUCAUCUCAGGUGUAGAACAAAUGCCUUUAGCUCCCUGUUGAGGAUACGAAGUGAGGCCACUACAGCAAUUCAUUCAUAUUUCAAGGAAAAUGACUUUGUGCAGAUCCACACUCCAGUCAUCACCUCAAAUGACUGUGAAGGCGCAGGGGAGCUCUUUCAGAUUGAGCCAUCAAGACCAGAGAAUGAAGAAGAUGAGAACUUUUUCUCUGUCCCAGCCUUCCUGACUGUGUCUGGUCAGCUUCAUUUGGAGGUGAUGUCAGGGGCUUUUUCUCGAGUGUACACAUUUGGGCCAACUUUUCGUGCAGAGAACUCCCAAAGCAGACGCCACCUGGCUGAGUUUUACAUGGUGGAGGCUGAGGUCUCCUUCACACAGUCCUUAGAGGAUCUUACCAAGGUCAUGGAGGACAUGUUCAGAUCUGCCACCGAGCAUGUCUUGGCUUACUGUGCAGAGGAUGUGGAUUUGUUUCACAAGCAUGUGACUCCUGGACACAAGGACACUGUAGAUUCUAUGCUGAGGAAGAGAUUCCCUGUGAUUACCUACAGUGAGGCUAUAGACAUCCUAAACCGCAGCUCUGAGAAAUUUGUCUUCCCAACACACUGGGGUUGUGACCUUCAGACAGAACAUGAGAAGUAUCUGGUGAAACAUUGCGGCAACAUUCCAGUCUUUGUCACUGAUUAUCCUUAUGAUCUGAAGCCUUUUUAUGCAAGAGACAACGAGGACCAUCCGCAACAUACAGCAGCUGCAGUGGACCUUCUUGUGCCAGGAGUUGGAGAGCUCUGUGGGGGCUCGCUGAGAGAGGAGAGGCUGGAUCUGCUAAGGGCUCGGUUGAAAGAGCUUGGAUUAGAAGAUACCUACAGCUGGUAUCUGGAUUUGAGGCGUUUUGGCUCCGUCCCUCAUGGUGGCUUUGGACUGGGAUUUGAGCGAUAUCUGCAAUGCAUUCUUGGUGUUGACAACAUAAAAGAUGUGAUACCUUUCCCUAGAUUUUCCCAUUCUUGUCUUUUAUAAAACACAGAUUGAGCCUAGUGGAUAUAUUUGAAGUCAGUGAAUGUGUUUUUGCUGUCUGCAAACAUCAAAUAAAUAUUAUACUCAACAUUA